AUGGCCUCAGCCAUGCGGAUAGGACUGGAAGGUGUUGGGGUUGACCACACGCUUGUCAAAGACAAGACCGUACCGUUUGAUACGUGGCACUAUGUCAACUUGAACAUCAGUCAAUGGGGAUAUCCCCUUUUUGCUGGUCACGUGCCAAUGACGUCAGCUCAUGAGGGUCCCAAAACUGGUGCCGAGGGCGAUGCUGGACUUGAAAAAACUAAGCCAUGGGUCAAUCAAAUCGCAGAGCCAUAUCAGAACGAACCUCGUGCUCAUUUGAGUGAUGAGGAAGAUGACAAGGAAGAGGAUAAAGAUGGACUUUCUCCAGCAAUCCCUCGGGCUAGAUUCGAAGGAGAAAUUCCCAUCAAUGAAUGGUGCCAGUGUGGCCAAUGCACUACAGAACAUUUGUCGAGUGCUCUGGAAUACAGAUGUUGUUGGGAAGUACUUCAGGCUCCUCAACAAUUAGUCUUUGAUGGCAGCAUGGAGAGAAUUAAAUGUGUUACCCAGCGCAAAGAUUACCUGGCGAUGACCAACAUGGCAGUUUUUAAGCAAGACGGCCCUGUUCUGCGUGAUAAGAAUGAGAAAACUUGCUGCUGCUAGGCUAGG